CCUUGACCUGGGAAUAGCUUCAAACCAUCUCCUUCUUCCACCCUAAACCCAUCCUCUCUCUCUCUCUCUCUCUCUCUCUCUCGCUCUCGCAUGGCGGCUCUCAUUAGGAACCUUCGGUCCGGGAACAGUCUAGCCAACUCUUCUCUCAUUCCUCCCCACCUGCUCACCAGUUGCAGAGGAAUCGUUUCGAAGCUCUUCGUUGGAGGAUUGUCAUUUUACACCACAGACAAAAUAUUGGCUGAAUCAUUUUCUCAGUUUGGUCAAGUUGUUGAAGCUAAGGUUGUGAUUGAUAGAGUGUCAGAUAGAUCAAAAGGAUUUGGAUUUGUAACUUUUGCAUCUGAAGACGAGGCUUACAGAGCAUUGACAGAGAUGAACGGAAAGACACUGAAUGGGCGAAUCGUUUUUGUGGACUACGCAAAGCCUCAGUUAGGCGAAAAACUUGGAAUGCCGAUUGCAAGAGGGCCUCCUGAACCGAAAGUUGAUGAUAAUUGACUACUCUAGUGAAGAUGCAGAUAUAGUGAAACUCACAUUGCAGGAAGUAUUGGUUCAAGCACAAAGUGAAUGGUACACGCAUAUACAUAACUCAGACAGCUCCCCACCGAACCUAUGAAAAACACACAAAAAAAGAAGAUAGCUCGACUUUUUAAAAUGAAGAGAACAAGGAAUGGAUAUUCUCGUUUGGCACUUGAUGUAGAUCUAUUGAUUUGCAGAUUUUUUCAUAGUCUAGUGUUGUAAGAAUGAUCUGUUGUGAUUUAAAAAGAAUGCUAUUUGGCAGUUGAUCCAUGAUGAGAAUGACAACUAGCUAUGUCGUUCUCUGUCUCUGUUCCUCAAGUGGUGUAAGCAUUGAAACAACACGAUGAUGCUGGAGGCUCUCAAUUACUGCUCGUCGGCAUGGAGCUUUUCAUCA